AUGAAUCUCAUAACCUUUUGUCAUGAGUGUUCUUGGAAACUCUCAGAGGACCAGGACACUCGGCCCGCUGAGGAUGUGAGCGUGGUGGCGUGGAACAGUCAGGUGCCACAUAUACUGGCAUCUGCAAACCCAAGCGGGAAAGCCGUCGUCUGGGACCUGAGGAAGAACGAGCCCAUCAUCAAAAUCAGUGACCAUAGCAACCGGAUGCACUGUUCGGGGAUGUUGUGGCAUCCAGAUGUGGCCACUCAGCUGGCCUUGGCAUCAGAAGACGACAGACUUCCUGUGAUACAGAUGUGGGACCUUCGCUUUGCAACCUCACCGCUGAAAGUCCUGGAGAAUCACACCAGAGGAAUUCUGUCCAUCUCGUGGAGUCAGGCCGAUCCGGAACUACUACUGAGCAGCGGCAAAGACAACCGUAUCCUGUGCUGGAACCCAAACACUGGCGAGGUGAUGUACGAGCUGCCAACUGCCAAUCAGUGGUGUUUUGAUGUGCAGUGGUGUCCGCGUAACCCCGCCCUCCUGUCAGCCGCAUCAUUUGACGGACGCAUCAGUGUGUACUCUGUUAUGGGGGGACGUCUUCAACAUCAUCAGCACAGCACGGUGGAUCAGAUCUCGGCUUCAUUCGACACCAAUGACCCAUUUGGAACAGGUCAGUCUCUUCCCCCUCUGCAGGUGCCUCAGCCCACAUUAGAGACCACCAUCAUACCACCCCUGAAGAAGCCGCCCAAGUGGGUACGGAGGCCUGUAGGAGCCCGUUUCGCUUUUGGUGGGAAACUGGUGACAUUUGAGAACCCUAGUUUGACCCCCCAGCAGACUCCAUCCCAGCCCCUCCCUCGACAGGUCCACGUGAGUCAGGUGACCACAGAGACGGAGUUCCUCCAGCGCUCGACAGAACUGCAGGCCACUCUGCAGUCCGGAUCCUUCACCAGCUACUGUCAGAGUAAAAUCAUCAGUUCCUCUUCUGAUGCCGAGCAGGACAUUUGGAGGUUCCUGAUGGUGAAUUUUGAAGAUGAAGCGCGUGUGAAAUUUUUACGGCUGUUGGGCUUCAGUAAAGACGAGCUGGAGAGGAAGAUCUCAACGUGUUUGGGGAGAAACCUAAAGCCCAACGGUUUAGAUGUGAACGCACUCGCUGAGAAGAUGCAGACACUUUCUGAUCAGAGGGGAGAUGAAUCGGGCGGAGCUGCAGAUGGUGUGACCGGCCGAGACUCGCCAGCUGAUUUCUUUACUCAACUACCGAAGAAGAAAGAACUGUUUCAGAUCCCCGUAUCGUCAGAUACAGAAGGUUUGAUCAGUCAGGCGCUGUUGGUGGGUAAUUUCGAGGGUGCGGUUGACCUCUGUUUGAAUGAUGGGCGUUUCGCUGAUGCCAUCCUCCUGUCAAUCAGCGGAGGGGAGGAGCUACUGAAAAAGACCCAGCAACGAUACCUCAACCAACAAACCAACACCGUCUCCAUGUUGAUCUCGUCAGUGGUGACGCAGAACUGGCGUGAUAUCGUUGAGAGCUGUGAGCUCGAUAACUGGAAAGAAGCGCUAGCGGCCCUGCUGACCUACGCUAACCCAGAAGAGUUUGCUCCUCUUUGCGACACUCUGGGCUCACGUCUGGAGGCUGUGGGUGCAGAGAAAUGCUGUCUGCAGGCCUGUCUGUGUUUCAUCUGCUCUGGAAACAUUGAGCGUCUGGUGGAGUGCUGGACGUACCAGAGAGACUGCUCCUCUCCACUUGCACUGGAGAAUCUGGUGGAGAAGGUGACGAUCUUGCGGAAAUCAGUUGAACGUUUGCGAAAUAGUGAGGUGUGUGUUCAGAGUUCAACGCUGACUGAGAAACUCAUCCAGUACUCCAGUAUUCUGGCGUCACAGGGCAGCUUGAGUUGUGCGCUAAACUACCUGCCUGACAACUCUGACCAGGCUGCUGUUUGUAUGUUGAGAGACAGACUGUCUCAUGCAAAGGGUGAAAUAAUGCAGAGGCAACAACCUGUACCACCAGCAGGUGUCACUAAACCUGCAGCCACUGCAAACACACACACUCCUCCAUCACCUGCCACACACACACAGUACCUGCCCACAGUGCCACCUCAAAUGCCCCAGUCAGGACAGCAGAUGCCCCGCCUCUUCACCCCACCGCAAGGUCCUAAACCUGGCGCCCCUCCUCCUGGUGGACUAAGACCAGUGUACCCACAGAACCCCUCCACAAUGCCAGGUUUCCACUCAUCUCAGUCUGGGCCUCUAGGUGCCCCUGUUGGUUUCAUGUUAGGCCCCUCAAUGCCCCCCUCAAGCCUGUCAGGCCCCUCUGCUGCCCCCUCCUCUCCCCCAGGCCCCAUGAUGCCCGCUCCACCUGCCCCAGGGUUCAUAUCCCCCACCUCUCUGCCAGGGGGACCCAUGCCCAAGUUUCCAGGAGCUCCACACUCACAGGGCCCUGCACCUCCUCCCACCGGGCCGUACGGGUAUCCUCAGGGGGGGCCGGGUGCUCCAGCGGCCAAGAGCUUCACGAGUGCUGGUGUUCCUCCUCCGCACAUAGGUGCACAGGACGGGUGGAACGACCCUCCAGCUGUUCGUGCAGGUCAACGCAUGAAAAAGCUACAAGACAACUACACACCACCUGCUCCGAUCACAGCUCCAGUGAUGGGAUAUCCUGUAGAAGCUUCUGUUCCUCAGGACCGAGUUCAGGUGCCACCCGGAGCUCCUCAAGAGCCUGGCAUGCAGCCUUUACAGCAUCUUUCUGCCGAGCGCGUUGAGCAGAAGGAAAUUCCUGCAGAACACGUGAUACUGAAGACCACCUUCAGCAGCCUCGUUCAGCGCUGUCAACUGGCCGCAACAGACCCGCAAACCAAGCGUAAACUGGACGAUGGCUGUAAACGUCUUGAGAGUCUGUACGACAAACUGAGAGAUCAAGCGCUGUCUCCGGGUAUCCUGGCGGGGCUGCACGAGAUCGGCCGCUGCGUCACCGCUCGUAACUAUCAUCAGGGUUUGGAGAUCCACACGCAGGUCGUGAGCAGCAGUAACUUCAGUGAGAUCUCCGCCUUCAUGCCCGUCCUCAAAGUGCUCAUGACCAUCGCAAAGAAACUGUCCGUCUGAUCCCGGGACAGUCAUCACUCCAGUGUUAAACGCCAAAACGCAUCAAAUGCAGACCUGAUUUUUUUUGCUUUAUUUUGUAGAUCUGUCACUGAACUGUGCUUUAAGAAUGAAUUCACCAUUACGGCUGUGAUUCUGAUGUGUUGCGUAUUUUCUUCCACACAACGUGCUUUAGUCAUGAAAAACAACCAGAACAAAUUCCCGAGUAAACGGUUCAUAAAACCGUUCGUACGUUAAUUGAAUGCAACGUUUUUUUUGGUGUAAAUUGUUGCAUUCAAUGCGUUUACAUCAGAAUAGGCCUUAAAUUAAAUUAAAUUAAAUUGAAUGUGACAAUUUACGCAAGAAUUGGUCAAUUGAAUUUCUGUGCAUAUUGCUCGUAAAACUUUUUCGGCAUAAAAUUUGACCUCCUACGUAAGAUCCUUAUUUAACGCAGGCAAAUACAUUUCUGUGUAAAUCAUGCAUAAAACCAUUGUUGGGUAAAUUACGACUUUUAUGUGCCAAUACGAGCCAAUUUAAUUUCUCUGCAAAUUGUUCGUAAAACUUUUUACGUAAAAUGUCAAAUGAGUGUGACGUAAUGCGCCAGAAUUUUUUGGUGCAUAUUGUUAGUGCUUACGUAAAUUGUUGCAUUCAUUACGUCGGAAUUGGCCUGUGACAGCUUACGUAAGAAUUGGUCUUAUUCAUGAAAUACGAGCCGACCGAAUUUCUGCGCAAAUUGUUCGUAAAAAAAUUGUUUUUUUAAAAUAUGAAGGAAAGAAAUUAUUGUGACUAUGUAAAAAUGUACCUUUUUCAUGAAGUGCAAGCUAAAAAAAAUUCUGUUUAAAUCAUUCGUAAAACCAGUAUUGCGUAAAAUACUAAAUUUAACAUGACCAUUUACAUAAGAUAUAAAAAAAUAUUUUUGUGCAAGUUUUUCAAAUUAAAUUUGACUACAUAAGAAUCAUUCUUAUGUAGUCAAAUUUAAUUCGAAAAACUUGCACAAAAAAUUUAAAAAAUUCCUUAUUUAUGAAGCACAAGCAAAACGAAUUUCUGUGUAAAUCAUGCAUUAAACCAUUCUCGAGUAAAAAACUACUUUUAAUUUGACCGUUUGUGUAAAAAUUGGUUUUAUUCAUGAAAUAUGAGCGAUUGUGACAAUAUAAUAAGCCUUGGUGUAUUUCAAAUUCAUGUAAAUCAUUCGUUAAACUAUUCUUACUAAAAUUUCCGCAUUCAAUAUAAUAAUUUAAUUAAGAACAAGCCAAUUACAUUUUUUGAUGUGCACCGUAAGAAUGGACCUUAUCCAUGAAAUGUAAGCCGAACAUUUCUAUGUCAUUGUUGCGUAAAAUACUAAUUUGAAUGUGACAAUUUACGUAAGUAAAUUGAAUACUAGAAAUACUAGCCAAUUAAAUUUCCGUGCAAAUUGUUAAUAAAACGUAAUUUUUGCGCGAAAUGUCACUGAAUUAAGUGCGACAUUACGUAAGAAUAGACUUUAGAAUUUUUUUUUACUUGCAUUUCAUGACUGUGUAAAUCGUGCGUAAAACCAGUCUAACGUAAAAUACUAAAUUUGAAUGUGACAUUUUAUGUAAGAAUGGGACUCAUUCAUGAAAAACAAGCCAAUACAUUUUUUUAUGUAAAAUGUCAUUUGUGUAUGACGUAAUACGUAAGAAUAGGCAUUUUUAAUUAAACGCAAGCAAAACAAAUUUCUGUGUAAAUAAUUCGAAAACAGUUCUUACGUAAAUUGUUGCUUUGAGUUGAAUGCAAAGUUUUUUUUUUGGUGCAAAUUGUUAGUGCUUGCGUAAUUGUUGCAUUCAAUAUUUUUACAUCAGAAUUGCCUUGUGAUCGUUGUUGUGUAAAAUACUAAGUUGAAUGUGACCAUUUAUGUAAGUCUUAUUCAUGAAAUAUGAGCCGACUGAAUUUCUGCGCAAAUUGUUCAUAAAACUUUGUUUGCGUGAAAUAUCGCUGAAUUUAAAGUGACAUUACGUAAAGACCUUAGAAAUUAGUUUUACUUGCAUUUCAUGACUGUGUAAAUCGUGCGUAAAACCAGUCUUGCGUAAAAUACUACAUUUAAUGUGAUAGUUUACGUAAGAAUUGGUCUCAUUCAUAAAAAACAAGUCAAUUUAAUUUAUGUUGUUCGUAAAGAUUUUUUUACACAAAAUGUCAGAUUUAAUUGACUGUGGCAUACACUUUAAGAAUGAACUUUAUUUGUGCAAUGCAAGUAAAUAAAAUUUCUAUUGUAGAAAUUCUUAUGUAAAACACUAAAUUUUAUAAUAUGACAGUCUUACUCAUGAAAUACGAGCCACUUCAAUUUCUCUGCAAAUUGUGUGUAAAACGUUAUAUAAAAUGUCACUUGAGUUUGACGAAAUAUGUAAGAAUAGGCCUUUUAAUGAAAUGCAAGCAAAUCAAAUGCAAGUAAAUAAUUAAGUAAAACCAUUCUUACGUUAAUUGUUGCUUUGAAUUGAAUGCAAAGUUUUUUGUGCAAAUUGUUCGUAAAACUUAGUUGUGUAAAUGUCAUUGAAUUUAGUGUGACAUUACGUAAGAACAGACCUUUAUAUUUUUUUUACUUGCGUUUCAUAACGUGUAAGUCGUGCGUAAAACCAGUCUUAAAUAAAAUACUAAAUUGAAUGUGACGAAUUACGUAAGAAUUGGACAUUCGUGAAAAACAAGCCGAUUAAAUUUAAUUAAAGUUGUUCGUAAAAAAACUUAUAUGCACAAAGUUUCAAAUUGAAUUGAAAUUGACAUACUACGUAAUCCUUAUUUAUGAAACGCAGGCAAAACAAAUUUCUUUGUAAAUAAUGUCUUUGGUUAAUAGUUGCUUUAAAUUGAAUGCAUGUUUUUUUCAUGCAAAUUGUUAGUUCUUACGUAAAUUGUUGCAUACAAUACAUUUAUAUCAGAAUUGACCUGUAACAAUUUUCUUAAGAAUUGAUCUUAUGAAAUAUAAGGCGAUUUAAAUUGUGUAAAUUGUUCGUAAAACUUUUUUGCGUAAAAAGUCGCUGAAUUGAGUGCGACUACGCAAGAAUAGACCUUUUUCAUCAAACGCAAAUUUUUUGUUUAAAUCGUUCGGAAAACCAAAUAUGCAUAAAAUACUAAACUGAAUGUGACGAUUUAUGUAAGAAUUGGACAUUCGCGAUUUUUGUCCAAGUUUCACAUUUAAUUGAAUUUGACAUACUACGUUAGAAUGAUCCUUAUUCAUGAAAUGCAAGCAAAACUAAUUCGUAAAACCAUUCUUACGUAAAUUACUAAAUUGAAUUUCUGAGCAAAUUGUCCGUAAAAUUAUGUAAAUUGUCACCUUGUAUCAAAAGUGCAAAUUAUCGAAGAAUUGCUCUUAUUCGUGUGUAAAUCGUCAAUCUUACGUCAAUGGUUGCAUUUAUUUCAAUGCAACAAUUUCCGCAUAAAUGAGUUCUGAUUGUGUUUCAUGCAUGAGACCCGAUGUUUGUUAUUUUAAUAUUAAGUGCAGUUCUCGGAGAGAUGCUGUCUAUAGUAGUCGUAGUCAUGAUUGUUAGCAGACUGACUGUUGAAUUCCAUUAACUGUGGGGAAGAUUUUUAGAAAGUAUGUGUUUGGAUUUGGGAUUUGGGAAGGACACAAGGGUUAGUGUCGUUUGAAGGGUUGCACUUAUUUAAAGAGGAUGUUCUGCUAAAGCUUGAACUGCAUUUAUCCUCAAAACACUCGAACAACAACACGAAGCUUCUCGAGAUGUUCUUCAAACCACCGUGACUGAUGAAUUAUGAUGGAAAUGAAAGUGUGUGAAUCUCACAAAGCCGAUGCAUAACAGCAUAAUGUGACCUGCGUUCUUGACUGGUUUUGUCAGAGUCACUAUAGAUUAAAAGAGCGGGAAAACUCAAUGUAACUUAAUGCUUAACCUUAAAAAAUGGCUUACUUGAAAGAUCAUUAUUUCAUAAAUUCAUGUUGACGUGGCUGUGUCGCUCUCCUGUCUGUUUGUGUGUUUGUGCAUCUUGAAUCUGAAGCUUCUACAUGCUUGAAAACAACUUUCAAUAUAGGAUAUUAUUCAAUAUAGGGCAGAAGUCACUGCAUGACCUCUCUCUUACCCCCCUCAGAAAGUUUCUGACCUCUUUUGACCUUUGGGCUUUUGGGGACGAAUACGUAUUUUGUCUCAAAAUAAAUGUGAUCAUUUCAGGGAUUUGCAACAUCAUUUGCAACAUGAAUUUUGAGCGAGAACCACAUUAUAGCGACCACGAGGAGGUUACCACAUGUGACUCUACCCUCCCUAGCAACCGGGCCAAUUUGGUUGCUAAGGAGACCUGGCUGGAGUCACUCAGCAUGCCCUGGAUUCAAACUCACGACUCCAGGUGUGCUAGUCAGCGUCAAUACUCGCUAAAGCUACGCAGACCCCCUUUUAUUUUUUUAUCAAAUUGUAAUAAAAGUCCUUGACUUUUUUGACAUAAGGCAUCACAUGAAAAAUAAAAUUGGAGAGGGGGUUUGUCACUUUGUUACACUUGUUGUGUUCCUGGUCUAAAAUGACCGGCCAUUGGAAAUGAAUGGAUUAGACCACAAAAUACAGAAAUAUUAAGUGUUUAGGAGCAUCACAAUCCUUUUAGAUGAACACAUGAGGAUGUGUGUUGAACG